UUUUUCUCUGCUCGUGGUGCGCGCCGUCCUGCCGCAGCGCACGUCCUGCGCACCAGUUCGAUGCACCUUGUGCAAGCAAGUUCACCCGUGCAUGCCUACCUGCCAAUUCUGUGGCGGCGGCGUUUGUCGGCGCCAUGUACCAAGUGUUGAAUGGGCUGCGUCGACUCCACGUUGCCGACGCCGCCGCCAAGGGGUCCGUUGCCAUACACGAGAUGCGCAUCGAGUGAUGCACGCGUCGUGUGUGAAUCGCAUUCGACGCUAUGCAUGAGCUCCCCUGCCAGCCAUGCAACUUGUCCCGGAGGCACGACCCCAACCAGCGUACUCCGACGUCGUCGGCGUGCAGCAAUCCUCGGACGACGUUAGAAGCAUGCGCCAGCUCACGAAUUCACACGCCAAUGGCGUCGACAGUGACGCGUGCAUGGGCAUCGUCAGGUCCGCAUCGCCAAGCCGGUUGCCACAUCGGCGCUUGUGCUUGCCACACGAAUGGCUUUGCCGUUCCAUCGACAAGACCCUCCCCCGAACGCUCCUUUGCUUCCACGAACUCGGCGGCGCGACGACGAGUCCAUCGACGCUGCGUCCCGCAACGAAAUGGGGCGGGACAACGCGGUGCGUGCACGGAAUGGGCGAUUGAUUAAUAAAUGGAAGACGAGACGGAGACUUGUCUAAGCAGUCGUUGGCUUGUCGCCGUCGAGCAUGUUGGCAAUGUCUUGUUGGACGUCGGCGCCAAUGGCCAUGAGGUUGAACUUUUCGUGGAGGACCUUGAAGAUGGACGGACGGAGGAAGGCGGGGACGGUCGGUCCGACGCGGAUGUUGCGGAUGCCGAGCGACAGC